UGUAACCCCAGAAUUUUGUCCUCAAGCUUAGAAAAUCCAAUAAUCCCAUCUUAUGAUUUCCUUAGUACUUUGCUCGAGUCCGAUGAGAAGAUUAUUCGAGCUUUGAAACGCCAACCGCGCCUUAUAGGGUACUUCCCGAUUAUUGUUUAUAUGGUAAAGGAGAUUGAAGUUUUUGAGAAGUUUGGUUUGUCUGAGGAGGAGCUUCUGGAAACUUUUCGGAGGAAUCCCUUGUUCAUUAGGUAUUCCGACGAGAAAUUGAUGAUAACCAUGGAUUUCCUUGUGAACAAAAUGGGUUUUUCGUCUAGAGUUAUUACGAAACGUACCCAACUUGUGCAGAUGAGCAUGGAGAAAAAGAUUGUUCCUAGGGGUCUGUUUGCUUUAGAUUUGUUGUCCAAAGGUGUCAUCAACCGCAUUAACUUGCAGGCAUUGUUGGAGUGUUCAGAUCGUGUGUUUAUUGACAAUUUUAUCAACCACUGCCGUAGAGCGGAAGCAUCUCAGCUGCUAAAGCUAUAUCAUGAAAAACUGCUAAAGGUGCAGCAUUUAUAG